AUGGCCAACACUGCUGCAAUCCUGAUAACCGCGCGUCCCUACGCUGAAUUACUGAUGGAGGCGGCAGAGUCAUGCCGAGACCAGAAGGUGCAGAAGGUCGCCUACCGGGUCGCGAGAAAGGUGCCGUCGGAAGCGUGGACCACUGGGAAGCCUCACGUGAGGAAGCUCGUAGAAGAGUGGAACUGGACUACGCUUACGGAUCUGCUCUGGGUGGGCGACUCAUACGGACAGUGCCUCACAUACCUCAGGGCUCCGUCAACGGCAGUUGGGAUGCUCGAAGAGGUGUUCCAGAUUAGGAAGACGUGGAAGCCCGAUGCCGACGAGACUGCGACGACACUCGCGCUUUAA